AAGCAGCAUAAACAAGGGGAAUCGCCAUCGCCCUCUCUGUCGACCUCUCCUUCUUCGCCACAUUUUCACAUUUUAAUUUUCGAUCGAAGCCCAUGGCAAUCUAUAUAUAAUUGUCGUGUAUCUGUUUGUGUGGCGCAGAGAGAGCAAGCGGGGGAGGAGGAGGAGGAGGAGGAGGAAGGGCGGAGCAGGUGGCGGAGAUGGUCGGCAACAGCAAUGGUAGAACAGGGGUCUACGGACGCGGAGGCGCCAAGCUGCUGGAGAUGCUGAACGUGAGAAUGGUGGGCGCCGGGGAGAGGGUGGUGGUGCUGUCGCAUGGCUUCGGCACGGACCAGUCCGCGUGGAGUCGCGUGCUGCCCUACUUCCUCCGCGACUACCGCAUCGUCCUCUACGACCUCGUCUGCGCCGGCAGCGUCAACCCCGACCACUUCGAGUUCACCCGCUACACCACCCUCGACGCCUACGUCGACGACCUGCUGACCAUCCUCGACGCCCUCGGCGUCGACCGCUGCUUCUUCGUCGGCCACUCCUUCUCCACCAUGAUCGGCAUCCUCGCCGCCAUCCGCCGCCCGGAGCUCUUCGUCAAGCUCAUCCUCAUCGGCGCCUCCCCCAGGUUCCUGAACGACGACAAGUACCACGGAGGCUUCGAGCCGGAGGAAUUCGACGAGGUGUUCGCGGCGAUGGAGGCGAACUACGAGGCGUGGGUGCAGGGGUUCGCGCCGCUGGCGGUGGGCGCCGACGUGCCGGCGGCGGUCCGGGAGUUCAGCCGGACUCUGUUCAACAUGCGGCCGGACAUCUCCCUGUUCGUGUCGCGGAUGGUGUUCAACAGCGACCUCCGCGGGGUGCUGGGCCUCGUCACGGCCCCCUGCGUCAUCAUCCAGACCACCAAGGACGUCUCCGUCCCCCUCGCCGUCGCCUUCUACCUCAAGGACCACCUCGGCGGCCGAACCACCGUGGAGCUGCUCCCCGUCGAGGGCCACCUCCCUCACCUCAGCGCCCCCGCCGCCCUCGUCCACGUCCUCCGCCGAUCCCUCGCCGCAUGUGGAGAUUAAAGAUUCUCUGUUUUUUUUUUCUUUGUUGCUGGUGUUGUUGUUUUUCCUGCUCGAUUGCAGAAGAAGGUGGAGAAUAAAGUCGAAUGCUGGUCAUUUUCUGUUGAAUUACAUCAAUCCACAAGAUGAAAUCCA